AGUUUACCUCUCCCGGUGGUAACACCUGUCAAAUUUUACUCACUAGGAACCACUCCUCCCACCCUCACUCAUCAAAGCAGCCUCUUAUCGUUAACAUCAAGGAGAAAAGUUACAACAGCCUCGUCGGAGAAGCCAAGAACUCAUCUCCUCCUCUCCUCCUUCCUCAGGUCAGGGUCAGCUGCAUUCAGAUGUACGCACAUACUCUGCUUUCCUUGCAUCGCAUCCAUGGAUUUGGGGCCUUGGCAACUGACGAAGCUUCAUGCACAUCUGCAAUGGUGGUGGCAGGUGAGUUGAUGGUGGAUGGGAAGGGAAGGUGUGGGAGGUGCAGGGAGUGGCAGGAGCACUACUACUGGGAGCACAUGGAGGAUGUGAGCAAGAUCAGCUUCUUCAAGUUCAUGACAGGAGAUUUUCAGCAGCGCAUUAGCAUACCAGAGAAGAUUGCCAACAAUUUCAUCGGGAAGAUCACCAAUGGAGGAUUCACACUCAAAGCACCAAGCGGCGAGGAAUGGCGCGUUGGUGUCGAAAAGAUUGCCGAUGAGCUGUUCUUCAUGCCAGGAUGGGUGGAAUUUGCCAGGGCUCACGAACUGCAGGAGAAUGACCUCUUGUUCUUCAAAUGCAGUGGCAAUGGCUCCUUUGAUGUACUCAUCUUUGACGCAGGUGGCUGCGAGAAGGUUUCAUGUUUCUUUGCCAGUAAAAAGGGUACCAACAUGCGCAAACAGUUUGAUAACAUUGUGUGUCAACACGGUGAAGAGCACUGCAUUUUGAGUGAUUCAAAUGAUACUAGCAUGCCACUAUCUCAGCUGGUUCGGUCUACUCACAAGGCCUCUACUUCAAAGAAACCAAGGAAAGAGACUGAAUCUCCAAAGAACAACAACUGUUUUCUUAAGAAUGAGGCAGUAGAGGAAGAAGAGGAAAGUGAUAACCACCACACUGAAUCCGACUACUACUACUACUCAAGGUUUGCAAAUUGCCUGAGUGAAGAUGAUCGAGAGGAAAUAUUCGGGCUGGCAUCAAUUCAAUUAGGCAACCCUGUGUAUGUGGCUGUCCUGCAGAAGACUCAUGUUCGCCGCACGAACAACUUCCUGAUCGUCCCAAGCAAAUUUGCAGCUGAUCAUCUCGAGGGGAGAUCACAUGAGAUGCUGCUUCUCAGGCCAAACAGAAAAGAGAAAUGGUAUCUGAAGUACUACCACGGGAGUGUCACCCGAGGCUUCAACUGCCGGCGCUGGAGCAAGUUUGUUCGUGACAAUAGGCUGCGCGAGGGCUACGUGUGCGUCUUCGAGCUGAUGAAAGGCGCGAGGAAGGCGACGAUGACCGUUCACGUCCUUCGGAAGGUGGACGACAAGUUUGUUCUACUGGGCUAAGUUCCAGCAUCCUCCUCUGUGCCUGCGGUUCAGUAUGUGUACAUUUGCCAGGGAGAACUGAACUAGUAGUAUGGAAGUAGCUUGCGGUGUAUGAUGCAAGUGGACCACUUUUGUAACCUAAAGCACUUCUUAGUGUGGUAGUAUGUUUCCAAUGGAGCCAGGUAUGAGCAUUGUGAAUGUUCCCUGACCUCCACUGCCCGGCUCACCAUAUUGGAGGAUGGAUGAUUGGUCGUGGCUUGGGCUUGGCGCCGGCCGUGGCGCCAAGAAUGGCUCUCGGCUGGGGUAACAGCGACGAGGAGUGAACAGGGGGUGAGCAAGCAGACGGAUCUCUUGUUUGCCUUGCCUUGUUCAUCAAGGUGACCAGGCUUUUAUUUGUAAACACCACGCUAACAAACUGAAUUAUAGCCGGCUAGCACAUGAGAAACAAACCACUGUUGAAUCUUUAUAGCCGGCCAAUACUUGGAAACAAAGCACUAACUGAACCAUUAUUGCUGGCUAACACUUGGGAAACAAGCCACUGAAAAACUGAAUUUUUGUACCGCGCAUCGGCUGCGGUGUUGACUGAUGAUUGCCGUAAGUUGUUGAGUUCUUUCGGCAGGGCGACGAUCACUCACUGUGCUAGGGAGAGUAAUGCGGCAGCGCAUUGGCUAGCCAGUGCUGGUUAUAGAGGGAAGCAUUGGCUAGCCGGUGCUAGUUAUAGAGGGAAGCGUACUGGUGUCUGGCGUGAGCACCCCCCUGAUUUCUUAAUACCUUCCCUUGUAACUGAUAUGAUCAUUAUGUAAUAAAGGUCGCCGAAGUUCAAAAAAGAAAUCUUUAUAGCUAAUAAUAGCACGUUAACAAUUGGGAAACAACCCGCUAACAAACUGGGAACCGAAUCUGUAGCUAACAACUUAGCCCAAACAACUUUUUUUGACAGCUGUAAGACUACCUACUUUGGGUGAUUAACUUGCUAAGAAAAUAACAUGAUAACUUGAUUAUAGGAGAUCUUAUAUCCGCUAGCUGCGGCAAAGCCUGAG